AUGUACGACGUGAUAGUCAUCGGUGCGGGAUGGUGCGGGCUCGUCGCCGCCAAAACAUAUCUUCAAGUAUGUCCGGAUGCGCGCCUCCUCCUUGUGGAUGGCGAUUCCAGUAUUGGCGGCACCUGGAGCAAAGAGCGACUCUAUCCGCAUCUCGUGGCGGAAGCGCAUCAUGGUCUUUUCGAGUUCUCUGAUCUCCCGAUGCGCCGCGACACCGUGUUGCCCGAUGGGCGCAUUCCAAGUGCCGCCGUUCACGAGUAUCUCACCGAAUAUGCCACCAAGUUUGACCUCAUCGACCGCAUUCGCCUCAACACUUGGAUCGAGAAUGUACGGCGCGAGCCCGCCGUUAUUGGUGAUAAUGAAGCACCUCGGUGGAUGUUGACGGUAGCGGGCUCGUGCGAACAGAUUCCGACGAAAAAGAUCAUCAUCGCGACAGGACUCACAUCGGAGCCGUACAUGCCGUCUCUGCCAGGCCGCCAGGAGUUUGAGGGCGAGGUGCUGCAUAGCAAGGUGCUGGGCCAUCCACAAACUGGUGACCGCAUUUCAGACCCAUCGGUUCGUCAUGCCGUCGUGUACGGAGGGUCUAAGUCAGCCUUUGACGCAGUGUACCUGCUCCUACGCGCCGGGAAGACUGUGGACUGGGUGAUUCGCGAGCAGGGCGGCGGACCUUCGAUGAUGACGCCGCUCUCGAUCCUCGGUCAACCCAGCUUCCGCCUCAAUAAUAGUCGCCUAUUAGCUCUCUUCUCGCCGCAUCCCUUCGCCACCGCGGCGAAAGCCUCCUGGUGGCAACGAGUGAUGCACCGGCGUUCCGGCCGACUGGCACAGUUGGCUGUCAUCGGCUUCUGGCGUAUCUUGGCCUAUCUAUUACAACGGCCGUGGAAGUAUAACCAGAGCGCUAAUGGCAGGCGUCUCAGGCCUCUACUAGCUCUAGACAGCCUGUUCUGGAGCCCAGCUACACUGGGAGUUAUGACGCACCCGGAGCUGUGGGAUGACAUUCACUCCGGAGAGCGAGUGACAAUACACCGCCAGGCAAUCACAGCCCUUGGGAAGGACAAACGCGUCAUCCUGGACAAUGGAGUUGAACUAUCUGCUGAUUUGGUGGUGUGUGCCACUGGAUGGCAUGCUCGACAUACUCUGUUCAAGCCAGACGAGCAGCUGGCUGUGGGUCUACCGUCCGCCGUAUCGUUUAACCCCAAGUCUCAAUCCGAAUGGAUUCGCCUCCAGAGAAAAGCGGAUCAGGAGAUCGUAGAGGAGAUGCCAAUCCUCCAGAAGAGCCCUCUCCCUUCAGUCCCAUUCCGCUGUGAAGAUGAUUAUCAUCUGUACCGCUUCAUCGCACCCAGCAGUGAACCCCCAUCCCACGAACGAUCCAUUGCGUACGUCGGAUUCCUUCGCACCGCCGGCGCGCCCAUCGUCUACGAGGCGCAGUCCUUGUGGGCGACGGCUUAUUUGACGGGGGCAUUGGACGUGCCAGAACCAUCAGAACGCAUAUCUGAAGUCGCUCGAACAAAUGCCUGGAUUCGUCGUCGCUAUAUCUGCGGGCGCAAGGUUCCUUUUGCGUUGUUUGACUUUCUUCCGUAUGUUGAUAUGCUCUACCGGGAUUUGGGGGUAAAUCCACAUCGAAAAGCCAAUAUGGUAGCUGAAAUUUGCGGCCUUUACCAGCCGCGAGAUUUCCAGGGGGUGGUUUCAGAAUGGUUAGCUAGUCGAGGCGUGAAGGAUAUCGAGAAUGUUUGA